GGACAACCCUCGGCCUCUCCUCAAUGGGAAAAAGAGGGCGGUUAAUUUACUCAGGAGGGCGGGAAUGGCUAUCAAAAGAAAGGGCCAAUCGAAGUCCCGAAAUCUGGCGCGUGCAAAAACCAAGCUCCGGCCCACCAAAAGCUGGGGUAACCGCAGAGUGUUACUGGCGAUGGGUCACUGCGGCAAGGAUGACCUGAAGCCUAAGGCUUGGGAGCAAGAGGAGGCUACGUCCGCUUUGACUGAGAGUGAUAGGGAAAGCAGAAUGGGGGCGAGCGGGGGCAAGAGGAUCCACGGGUGUUUGAAGAGGGAAGGGAAUGUAAAAGAGACCCCCAAAUUUGAUUCAAGGGUGUCUGCCCUGGAAGAAGAGGAAAGAGGAACUCCAUCCCCAGAGAUGCCACAAUUCUUGGCUUUGGAAGAAGUGGAGUUGGGAGAGUCAGAUGAGAGGGAGGAUAUUUCUGGAGAUGAACAAGCAAGAAGGCAUAUUACUCUGGCUUUUGUUGAGAAAGAUAAUGUGUUAUCCUUGAAGAAAGAUACCAUGGUAUCCUUGAAGAACUGUUCGCAGCGUCAUUAUAAGAAGAAGAAGAAAAAAAGAUGAUUGGUGAUUAAUCUAUCCAGCUGCCGAUAUGAUAGUGUUCGUCGGGCUGCCCGGCUCUAUGGCUUACGUGAAGGAGGAGACCAUGAUGAUUGGACCCUUUAUUGGACAGAUUUCUCCGUCUCCCUUGAUCGAGUAAUGGAAAUGAAAUGUUACCAGAAGAUCAACCAUUUCCCUGGAAUGAGUGAAAUCUGCCGAAAGGACCUGCUGGCCAGGAAUAUGAGUCGUAUGAUAAAGCUUUUCCCCAAAGAAUUCCAUUUUUUCCCUAGAACUUGGUGUCUUCCUGCAGAUUGGGGUGAUUUGCAGAAUUAUAGCAGGUCAAAAAAAUAUAAGACUUUUAUCUGUAAGCCAGACUCUGGCUGCCAAGGAAAAGGUAUAUUUGUUACGCGGUCUGUAAGAGAUAUCAAACCAGGAGAGGAUAUGAUCUGCCAGCUCUAUAUUUCAAAGGAGAAUAUCUGUAUGCAUUUGACUAACUAUUCUAUUAACAAACACAGUUCUAAUUUUGUACGAGAUGGAAACUCUGGCAGCAAGAGGCAGCAGAUCCAGGCAUUACGGCUGAAGGAGGAGAAGAAAGCCUUAUAUCUGCACGAGAAGAAGAAUGAGCUUCAGGGUGAAUCAGCAGGUGAUGGGACCAGGGUCUCUCGCCCAGAGAAGGCAAAACAAAGAACUUCUGUGUACAGCGCCAGACAACUCUCCAAUUCUUCCAUGUUGCUGCCCUGUACCUCCACCUUGGACUCAGAAUCGAAGCAAAAGGAAACUGAGUCUCUGAAAUACCUAGAACCCUCCGGCCCUCUUCAGGAGACCCCCAAGCAGGAGGCCAAGGCCAAGGCCACCUUUACGGAGAAAGCUAGUGUGUGUCACUACAGCUCUGUGCCUGACCUGAGGAAGUCCCUCUUCACCAGCCCAGGAAAGCAGGAAUCCUGGAAUCCCAUCUCUGCAAAUGUCGAAGAAUCCAGCUCAUUCCCUGAUUUUCUUGCUUUGAUGGAAACCUCCUCAUUAUUCAGUAGCUGCUCCCAGUCCCCAGAACCAUUACCAAGCUUAAUCUCAUCACCCAGCUCUAUAUCAUCUAAUUGCACCCGUGAAGAAAUAGAUAGUCCCGUCGAAAUCCCCUACCAGCCCAUGAAGUUUGUCCAGCACUUCUCCCAGGAGAAACUAUUGUCUUUCAACAAGCCUCGCACCCAGUGGGGCUAUGUACCGAAGCCCUGGAAACCCUCCUACUGCUCUGACAGCAUCAAAAAGCAGUUCCUGAUGUCCCAGCUGGUUGGCAGUUUCCCCCUGGGAGCCCAGUUAUUCCCGACCAGCCGCAACCCAAAGCUGUUGCAGAAAAACCAAAAAAUGCUGCUUUUUGUCUUUCCAGAAGCCGUCUCCCACUAUCGAUCCUGUAGGAGCCAAAACUCGGUAGAGAAGAGAACCAAGGAGGUUCCCACCCAACGGCUGCUCCUCCAGAGGCCACAGAGACAGUGCAAACCUCAGAAGGAACUACUGGUGAUUGCCACACCAGCCAGGCUUGAUCCGAGGCCUCACAAAAACAGGAGGAUUAUAGGGAGGGAUCAGAGUGGUGGGAAAGCCCCUUGCAGGGGCUCCUCAUUUUCCAGCAAGAAAGCCACCUAG